AUGGAGGAUGAAGCUGUCCUGGACAGAGGAGCCUCCUUCCUUAAACAUGUGUGUGAUGAAGAAGAAGUAGAAGGCCACCACACCAUCUACAUUGGGGUCCAUGUGCCGAAGAGCUACAGGAGAAGGAGACGCCACAAGAGAAAGACAGGGCACAAAGAAAAGAAGGAAAAAGAAAGAAUCUCUGAGAACUACUCUGAUAAGUCAGAUGUGGAGAAUGCGGAUGAAUCCAGCAGCAGCGUCCUUAAACCCCUCAUCUCCCCUGCCGCAGAACGUAUCCGAUUCAUCUUGGGCGAGGAGGAUGACAGCCCAGCACCCCCUCAGCUCUUCACGGAACUGGAUGAGCUGCUGGCCGUGGAUGGGCAGGAGAUGGAGUGGAAGGAGACGGCGAGGUGGAUUAAAUUUGAAGAAAAAGUGGAACAGGGUGGGGAAAGAUGGAGCAAGCCCCACGUGGCCACGUUGUCCCUUCACAGCUUAUUUGAGCUGAGGACAUGUAUGGAGAAAGGAUCCAUCAUGCUUGACAGGGAGGCAUCUUCUCUCCCACAGUUGGUGGAGAUGAUUGUUGACCAUCAGAUUGAGACAGGCCUAUUGAAACCUGACCUUAAGGACAAGGUGACCUAUACUUUGCUCCGGAAGCACCGGCAUCAAACCAAGAAAUCCAACCUUCGAUCCCUGGCUGACAUUGGGAAGACAGUCUCCAGUGCAAGUAGGAUGUUUACCAACCCUGAUAAUGGUAGCCCAGCCAUGACCCAUAGGAAUCUGACUUCCUCCAGUCUGAAUGACAUUUCUGAUAAACCAGAGAAGGACCAGCUAAAGAAUAAGUUCAUGAAAAAACUUCCACGUGAUGCAGAAGCCUCCAACGUGCUUGUCGGGGAGGUUGACUUCUUGGAUACUCCCUUCAUUGCCUUUGUUCGGCUCCAGCAGGCAGUCAUGCUGGGUGCCCUGACUGAGGUCCCUGUGCCCACAAGGUUCUUGUUCAUUCUCUUAGGUCCUAAGGGGAAAGCCAAGUCCUACCAUGAGAUCGGCAGAGCCAUUGCCACCCUGAUGUCUGAUGAGGUGUUCCAUGACAUUGCUUAUAAAGCUAAAGACAGGCAGGACCUGAUUGCUGGUAUUGACGAGUUCCUAGAUGAAGUCAUUGUUCUUCCACCUGGGGAAUGGGAUCCAGCAAUCAGGAUAGAGCCUCCUAAGAGUCUUCCAUCAUCAGACAAAAGAAAGAAUAUGUACUCAGGUGGAGAGAAUGUUCAGAUGAAUGGGGACACACCCCAUGAUGGAGGCCACGGAGGAGGAGGAGGAGGACAUGCAGAUUGUGAAGAAUUGCAGCGAACUGGACGGUUCUGUGGUGGACUCAUUAAGGACAUAAAGAGGAAAGCACCAUUUUUUGCCAGUGAUUUUUAUGAUGCUUUAAAUAUUCAGGCUCUUUCAGCAAUUCUCUUCAUUUAUCUGGCAACUGUGACUAAUGCUAUCACUUUUGGAGGACUGCUUGGGGAUGCCACUGACAACAUGCAGGGCGUGUUGGAGAGCUUCCUGGGCACAGCUGUCUCUGGGGCCAUCUUUUGCCUGUUUGCAGGUCAACCACUGACGAUUUUGAGCAGCACAGGACCUGUUCUUGUCUUUGAGAGGCUUCUAUUCAAUUUCAGCAAGGAUCAUAAUUUUGACUAUCUGGAGUUUCGCCUUUGGAUUGGCCUGUGGUCAGCCUUCCUGUGUCUCAUUUUGGUAGCCACAGAUGCCAGCUUCUUGGUUCAGUACUUCACUCGCUUCACAGAAGAGGGCUUCUCUUCUCUGAUUAGCUUCAUCUUUAUCUACGAUGCUUUCAAGAAGAUGAUCAAGCUAGCUGACUACUACCCCAUCAACUCCAACUUCAAAGUGGGCUACAAUACUCAGUUUUCCUGUGCCUGUGUGCCUCCUGACCCUGUUAAUAUCUCAAUAUCCAAUGACACUACAUUGGCACCAGAGGACUUGCCAACUGUUUCUUCUACUGACAUGUACCAUAAUGCUACCUUUGACUGGGCAUUUUUGUCAACGAAGAAGUGUUUGAAAUAUGGAGGAAAGCUCGUGGGGAACAACUGUGAUUUUGUCCCUGACAUUACUCUCAUGUCUUUCAUCCUCUUCUUGGGCACCUACACCUCUUCUAUGGCUCUGAAAAAAUUCAAAACGAGUCGUUACUUUCCGACCACGGCAAGAAAACUGAUCAGUGACUUCGCCAUUAUCUUGUCCAUUCUAAUCUUUUGUGUAAUAGAUGCCCUGGUGGGUGUGGAUACUCCAAAACUAAUUGUGCCAAGCGAGUUCAAGCCAACAAGUCCAAACCGAGGUUGGUUUGUCCCACCCUUUGGAGGAAACCCCUGGUGGGUGUACCUUGCGGCUGCGAUCCCUGCUUUGUUGGUCACCAUUCUGAUUUUCAUGGACCAGCAAAUCACAGCUGUGAUCGUGAACAGGAAGGAACAUAAACUCAAGAAGGGAGCUGGAUAUCACCUGGAUCUCUUCUGGGUGGCCAUCCUCAUGGUGGUGUGCUCUUUCAUGGCUCUUCCAUGGUAUGUGGCUGCUACUGUCAUUUCCAUUGCUCACAUCGACAGUUUGAAGAUGGAGACCGAGACUUCUGCACCUGGAGAACAACCAAAGUUUCUAGGAGUGAGAGAACAAAGAGUCACUGGAACCCUCGUGUUUAUUCUGACUGGUCUGUCAGUCUUUAUGGCUCCCAUCUUGAAGUUUAUUCCCAUGCCUGUACUGUACGGUGUGUUCCUGUAUAUGGGGGUAGCAUCCCUUAAUGGUGUGCAAUUCAUGGAUCGCCUGAAGCUGCUUCUGAUGCCCCUGAAGCAUCAGCCAGACUUUAUCUACCUGCGCCACGUCCCCCUACGCAGAGUCCACCUGUUCACUUUUUUACAGGUGUUAUGUCUAGCCCUGCUCUGGAUCCUCAAGUCCACGGUGGCUGCUAUCAUUUUUCCAGUCAUGAUCUUGGCACUUGUAGCUGUCAGAAAAGGCAUGGACUACCUCUUCUCCCAACAUGACCUCAGCUUCCUCGAUGAUGUCAUUCCAGAAAAGGACAAGAAGAAGAAGGAAGAUGAGAAGAAAAAGAAAAAGAAGAAAGGAAGUCUGGACAGUGACAAUGAUGAUUCUGACUGCCCAUACUCAGAAAAAGUUCCAAGUAUUAAAAUUCCAAUGGACAUCAUGGAACAGCAACCUUUCCUAAGUGAUAGCAAACCUUCCGACAGAGAAAGAUCACCAACAUUCCUUGAACGCCACACAUCAUGCUGAUAAAAUUCCUUUCCUUCAGUCACUCGGUAUGCCAAGUCCUCCUAGAACUCCAGUAAAAGUUGUGCCUCAAAUUAGGAUAGAACUUGAGCCUGAAGACAAUGAUUAUUUCUGGAGGAGCAAGGGAACAGAAACUACAUUGUAACCUGUUUGUCUGUCUUUACAACGGACAGUUUUUGUUGUUAAUGUUCUGGGGUUUUGUCCGGUUGUUUAUUUUUUAAUUUUUGUUUUGUUUUGGUUUUUGGUCAUUGGCCAAAUAACAUAGUGCUCACUCUGCUUCUCUCUUGCAUAGGUAAAAUCAAGACCGUACUGCACCGUUCUUUAAAAACAUCUGAAGAAUCCCCUUUUCACACUUUCAGAUGUGUCCUCUGACAACCAAAUUCCUCUGUCACUCAAGACACGCACAGACCCUGUCCUUGUCCUUUAUUAAGCAGAGGGCAAAAGAAUUAAGGAUUUUGUAACACCUUUUAUUAACAUAUCGAAGGAACUUACAACUUUAGCUUUGGAGCUGUGCUUACUGGCUUGUCUGUCUGCCUGGUAGAAUAAACCUUGACCUCCAGGCAGAGUCCCUUCUUGCUUCUAGAGCUUUCCAGGACUGGAAAAAGUGCCGCAAUGCGAACUUGCUCUUGCUUGUAAGCCCUAAUCUUAGAGUUAUCAAAAGAAGAAAAACUAAAGGUACUUUACUCCCUGUAGAGAAACCGUUGCCAUCAUUGUAGCAAGUGCUGGAAUAUCCCUUUUUCCUAUGCAACUUUUUUUAACCCUUUAAUGAACUUAUCUGUUGAGUACAUUGAAGAAUAUUUUUCUUCAUAGAUUUUGUUGUUUAAAUUAUGGGGCCUAACCUGCAACUUAUUUUUUGUCAAUUUUUUAAACUUUUUUUUAAUUACUGUAAAGAAAAUGAAUUUUUUCCUGCAGCAGGAAACCUAGUUUUGAGUAGUUCUACCUCUUAUUUGUAGCUGCCAGGCUUUCUGUAAAAAUUGUAUUGUAUAUAAUGUGAUUUUUACACACACAUACACACACGGAUACACAAUCUCUAAGGUAAGCCAGAGGGCUGGAUCAGAUUAAACACACCAUGUUUCUAAGCAUCCAUUUUUCCCUUUCUUUAAGAGAAAUUUACUGUUUUAUGAAGAGAAUGGGGGAGAAGGGAGAGGCUCCUAUGUAAUGGGAAUAACUGAUGUUUUGAUAAAAGUAAUAUCCAGGCAUAGAUGCUGAUUUUAUUACCAUGUCAAUGUCCUAUCCAGUAUUGUUAGACUUUUUUUUCUCAUUUUGAAAUACUUGUGUAUUUGUGUACAUACUCUGUGUGUGGCUGGUGCACAUAUGUGCACGGUUAGAGAGAGACAGAGUAAAGGUAUGCAAUGGGUAGUUAUCUGGCCCCUUGUGUCAGUUUUCAUAAAACCCAAACCACAUAUGAAAAAUCCAUCAGAGGUCUAAGAGAUUUACCAUUAUGCAAAUGAGGAUAAUAUAUUUUAUUGCCCAGAUACCAUCACUGAUCCAAGAGCUCAUAUUUAUAGUACAAAAUCCAUAGGAAUAUUAAUAGACCAUUGACACAUCUAUAGUGUUUAUGGGAAUGCAGAUAGAUCUGCAGAUAUACAU